AAGAAAAAAAAAAUCCCACCCCAAAAAUCCGUUUUGGAAGAUGUCGCUGAAUAACUCUUCCAACGUAUUUCUGGAUUCAGGGCCCACUCAUACAAGUCGCUUUCAAGUGAAUGUCAUAAAUGAGAGCCAUGAGAGCAGUGCGGGCGGCACCGACAACGCCGACCCACCGCAUUAUGAAGAAACUUCCUUUGGGGACGAGCAAAACAGACUCAGAAUCAGCUUUAGGCCUGGGAAUCAGGAGUGCUAUGAUAACUUUCUCCAGAGCGGAGAAAAUACCAAAACAGAUGGCAGUCUUCACCCUUAUGAUUCUCACACAAACACCUACUACCUGCAAACCUUUGGCCACAACACCGUGGACGCUGUCCCCAAGAUUGAGUACUAUCGCAACACGGGCAGCGUCAGUGGGCCCAAGGUGACCCGGCCCAGCCUGCUGGAGAUCCACGAACAACUGGCAAAGAAUGUGGCAGUGGCUCCUGGCUCCGCUGACAGGGUUGCUAAUGGAGAGGGGAUGCCUGGAGAGGAACUUGCUGAAAAUAAGGAGGAAGAAAACAAAGCUGGUGCUGUGAAGUUUGGAUGGGUCAAAGGUGUGCUGGUGAGGUGUAUGCUGAAUAUCUGGGGAGUCAUGCUCUUCAUCCGCCUCUCUUGGAUUGUUGGGGAAGCUGGAAUUGGUCUUGGUGUGAUUAUCAUCGGCUUAGCCGUGACAGUGACUGGUAUCACUGGUUUAUCCACCUCUGCUAUUGCCACAAAUGGAUGUGUCAGAGGAGGUGGGGCCUAUUAUCUUAUUUCCAGAAGCUUAGGGCCCGAGUUCGGUGGGUCAAUAGGCUUGAUCUUUGCUUUUGCCAAUGCAGUCGCUGUUGCAAUGUAUGUGGUGGGAUUUGCUGAGACUGUGGUAGAUCUUCUUAAGGAAAGUGAUUCAAUGAUGGUGGAUCCAACCAAUGACAUCCGAAUAAUAGGUUCCAUCACAGUGGUGAUUCUUCUGGGAAUUUCAGUCGCUGGGAUGGAAUGGGAAGCAAAGGCUCAAGUGAUUCUUUUGAUCAUUCUUCUCAUUGCUAUUGCAAACUUCUUCAUUGGAACUGUCAUUCCAUCUAACAAUGAGAAGAGAUCCAGAGGUUUCUUUAACUACCAAGCAUCAAUAUUUGCAGAAAAUUUUGGGCCAAGCUUCACAAAGGGUGAAGGCUUCUUCUCUGUCUUUGCCAUCUUUUUCCCAGCAGCCACUGGGAUACUUGCUGGUGCCAAUAUCUCAGGAGACUUGGAGGACCCCCAAGAUGCCAUCCCCAGAGGAACUAUGCUGGCCAUUUUCAUCACCACUAUUGCCUACAUAGCUGUUGCUAUUUGUGUAGGAGCGUGUGUGGUCAGAGAUGCCACAGGGAGCAUGAAUGACACCAUCAUUUCUGGGAUGAACUGCAAUGGGUCAGCAGCCUGCGGGUUAGGCUACGACUUCUCCAGAUGCCGACAUGAGCCAUGUCAAUAUGGGCUGAUGAACAAUUUCCAGGUCAUGAGCAUGGUGUCAGGGUUUGGCCCUCUCAUCACUGCCGGAAUCUUUUCUGCAACACUCUCCUCUGCCCUGGCCUCCCUGGUCAGCGCACCCAAAGUCUUCCAGGCGCUCUGCAAGGACAACAUCUACAAAGCCCUGCAGUUCUUUGCAAAGGGAUAUGGGAAAAACAACGAGCCCCUGAGAGGAUAUCUUCUCACUUUCGUUAUAGCCAUGGCAUUUAUUCUCAUUGCGGAGCUGAACACCAUUGCACCCAUCAUCUCCAACUUUUUCCUGGCCUCGUAUGCACUUAUUAAUUUCUCCUGCUUCCACGCUUCUUAUGCCAAAUCUCCAGGAUGGAGACCUGCAUAUGGAGUUUACAACAUGUGGGUAUCUCUUUUUGGAGCUGUUCUGUGCUGUGCAGUCAUGUUUGUCAUCAACUGGUGGGCAGCUGUCAUCACCUAUGUCAUUGAGUUCUUCCUCUAUGUCUAUGUGACUUACAAAAAGCCAGAUGUAAACUGGGGCUCCUCCACCCAGGCCCUUUCUUACGUUAGUGCUUUAGACAAUGCUCUAGAAUUAACCACCGUGGAAGAUCAUGUGAAAAACUUCAGACCCCAGUGCAUUGUCUUGACAGGUGGACCCAUGACCAGACCUGCUCUCUUGGACAUCGCUUAUGCCUUUACCAAGAACAGCGGCCUCUGCAUCUGCUGUGAAGUCUUUGUGGGACCACGCAAGCUGUGCGUUAAGGAGAUGAACAGUGGCAUGGCGAAAAAACAGGAGUGGCUUAUAAAGAACAAAAUCAAGGCUUUUUAUGCUGCGGUGGCAGCAGACUAUUUUAGGGAUGGUGUCCGAAGUCUCCUUCAGGCCUCAGGCUUAGGACGAAUGAAGCCAAACACGCUCGUGAUGGGAUAUAAAAGAAACUGGAGGAAAUCUCCCUUGACAGAGAUUGAGAAUUACGUGGGAAUUAUACAUGAUGCAUUUGAUUUUGAGAUUGGCGUGGUCAUUGUCAGAAUCAGCCAAGGUUUUGACAUUUCUCAGGUUCUUCAGGUUCAAGAUGAACUAGAGAAACUGGAACAGGAGAGGCUGGCCUUGGAGGCCACUAUCAAAGACAAUGAGGGUGAAGAAGGUGCUGGAGGCAUCCGGGGCUUGUUUAAGAAAGUUGGCAAGCUGAACAUCCCUAAACCAGCUCCUAAGAGAGACAGCAGCAUCAACACAAUCCAGUCGAUGCAUGUGGGAGAAUUCAACCAGAAACUGGUGGAAGCCAGCACUCAAUUUAAAAAGAAACAAGGAAAAGGCACAAUUGAUGUUUGGUGGUUGUUUGAUGAUGGAGGAUUAACACUCCUUAUCCCCUAUAUCUUGACUCUCAGAAAAAAAUGGAAAGACUGUAAACUAAGAAUUUAUGUUGGGGGGAAGAUAAACCGCAUUGAAGAAGAAAAAAUUGCGAUGGCUUCUCUUUUGAGCAAAUUUAGGAUAAAAUUUGCAGACAUCCAUAUCAUUGGUGAUAUCAACAUUAAACCCAACAAGGAAAGCUGGAAACUCUUUGAAGAGAUGAUUGAACCAUAUCGUCUCCAUGAAAGCUGCAAAGAUUUAACAACUGCUGAGAAAUUAAAAAGAGAAACUCCAUGGAAAAUUACAGAUGCAGAAUUGGAAGCAGUGAAGGAAAAGAGUUACCGCCAAGUCCGACUGAAUGAGCUCUUGCAGGAGCACUCGAGAGCUGCCAAUCUCAUUGUCCUGAGCCUUCCAGUGGCAAGAAAAGGAUCUAUAUCAGAUUUGUUGUAUAUGGCUUGGUUGGAAUUCCUCACAAAGAACCUUCCUCCUGUCUUACUAGUUAGAGGAAAUCACAAAAAUGUUUUGACAUUUUACUCAUAAAACAUGAAAGAUUAGAAAAUAACAAUGUAGGAUUAAUUAAUAAUAUGUGGCAAUAGUUUAUGCUGCAAAUCUGAUCUUAGGAUAUACAAACUUCUGGAGAUUGUCCUAGCAUAAUCUAC